GGGCUAGUAACAAAUAUAAAUGAAAUGCUACCUUCUAAUGCAUUGGAUGCCAUCAGGUGUUGUGACCCAAUCAUAUUCCCUAAUAUAUUUAUGUUAUUAAAAAUUUUGUGCUGUCUACCAGGCUUAAAAAGAAUAAAAACCUACCUCAGAAACAGUAUGAAAGAGGAUCGUCUCAAUGGUUUAGUGCUUCUAAGUUAUUACAGGAAUGUUGUUAUCACGCCAGAUGAAAUAUUAAACGAAAUGGCAAAGAAGCCGAGAAAAAUUGAUAUAGUGUUAUAA